AUGACUGGGUUGGUGAUCGCUGCGUUCAACCUAACUGCGGGUCAAAACGUGGCCUCGCCUCAUUUGCAUGUGAUCUACAAGGCCUCGACACCCACUGUGGACUUGGCGCCAUCAUCUGGCCCACCUCUGCGUGAAAUCGAAGUGGCCGAUGCGUCGGGGAGAGCUGUGUCCGUGAUUUUUCAGCACAAGUUUGCUGCACUGAACAACAUGAUGUCGGCUUCGAUUGCUGCACGCAACUCGAAAAGUCGUUCGGAUCCAUCAGCGACACCCAGGCCUGUACAGCAACCAACCCCAACGGAUGCUCGGCAACCUGUGCGUCAAAACACUCCCUCAUCAGCCCAGGAGAGUGCAAACGAAGCCCCGUUUUCAGCUUCUCGUCCUAGCGAUGACCACGAUCUGGAACACGAGUCUGCGACAGAGGCUUCUCCGACGGAAAUGGCCAUUUCCGUCGGAGAAGUGAAUGUAGAGCCCUCUCAAGUCAACCCAUCUCAAACAAACGAUGUGGACAUGACUGCGUCAAGUUCUCCAAAUCUCUCCGACACGCCCGACGAUGCUCCACUGGAAGAGCACCCGAUGACCUCCCAGAGGGACCUCCAAUUGGUUACGGGCAACCAGUUUGGUCCUGCAGCGAAACUACCUUCAUCAUUGUCGCCUCGAUCCGCACCACUCUUGACGAACAAUCGAUAUGCUAUUCUCGAAGAAGAGGACGUGGAGCUGUCUAUGGACGACUUUGUUCUCCCCCGUAUCGUGCUGACGGAUGCCAACUUUCCUCGACCUACGAAAGUACAAGGCAAGAAGCAGCGCGCCAACAAAUCCAAGCAUGCUCACUUGGAACGUGCACAACGGGCAAUUCGCGACGAGAAAGUGGUCAGAAGCAUCGUCGAAUGCAAGAGCAUUUUGCUCCAGGAGCCCCAAAUCAUCGCUCACUCGAUCAACCGGGCCAUCGAGCGCGAGAUGGCCAAGCACACUUUGCUCGAUGAAGAGGAUAACUACAAGGCGUAUCUGGGGUUUUACACCCAGAACUACGUAGACCCAAGUCAAAUUCUUGCGGAAAUCGUUCCAGAGUCUCACAAAGCAUCCGUGCGCCUGGCGGUGGCAGCGAUGGAUUUGUUCCUGGAGAAUCGCGCACCUAACCUCUACAACAUGCUGACGCACUCGAUUCAUUGCUGA